AUGGAGAAAGACAUCGCCAGGGCGGACAAGACCGCCAAGAAAGACCUGAAAAGUCUCGCGAAAACGUCGGCCGCCAACAAGGCCGAGGAGAUUGCUAGCGUCAACGCCGAUUCAGGCAACGACGGCGGGGGCAGCAGCAACUUGGGCUCUCAGAAUGGCGGCGAGGGCGCAGACGAGGAAAAUGAUCAACGGGGGGGCGUGAAGAACAUCAUGGCUGAACUCACGAAGAAAACGCCGGAAGAGGUGUUUGCGCAGUUCGACACGGACGGAAGUGGACUAAUCGACUUCGACGAGUUCCGGACCAUGCUACCGCAGCUCGGCAUUAGUAUAACCAUGCCAAAGGCUUUGAGGUUUUUCCGCAUGGCCGAUCCCGACGGUUCCGGUGAAAUCGACUUCGAGGAGUUCAAGGUGGCGUUAUUCGCCGUCGACCCUGACAGCGGAAACCCCGUUGGCUUCACUCCCAGUGCCCUCUUGACUCCCCUCGAUGCCUUCGAGAUGUUUGACGAAGACAACAGCGGUCAGAUCGACGAGGACGAGUUUUUCUUUCUCCUGCAGUUCCUUGGCAUUGAGACGACGGAGAUGAAACUGGAGGAGAUGUUUAAGAAGUACGACACCGACCAGUCCGGCUACAUCGAGUACGCCGAGUUUAAGAAGAUCUGGGUCCGGAUGACCAACGUCAAGAAGGAGCUUCUCGAAAGAGGGGUCAAGAUCCCCAAGAUCGCCACCAACCGGACGCUCUACAACAUGCUGGAGCAAAUCCUCGAUGCCGAAGAGGACAGGGAACGGCGAGCCAUGGCCGAAGCCGAGAGGUGGGCGAAGUGGCAGCUGCUCCUUAAGGACAAGCGAAGGGCGUACGAGAAGGCUCAGCGCCGGACCAAGAGCGAGCUCAAGGCCGCCCUUGACGCCGGCGGGUCAGUCUGGAUGUUCGGCACUGGCCCCUUUGGGGAGUUCACCGCGCCGCCCCCGAGGACGCUGAAACAGGGAGAGCACGAGUUUGCCCACUACGACGAUGUCAAGAGCAUGUGGAACACGCGCGUCAACCCCCCGGCAACCGCACCAGAACCCAUCAAGCUGGGCGUGAAGCACGCUCGGCGGCGGCGAAGAACCAUGGGCCUUGGGAGCAGCACCCAAACCACCGAUGACCCUGCCGAGUCUGCUGAGGGGGAGACUUCCAUGGAGAACGAGGUGUUGACGGACAACCAGGACAACCACGUCGAUCCGGAGGACGACAGGAGGACAAGCCCCUUCGCCGGCCUGUGCGUGGCGAGGAGCGCGGCGGCGCUGUGGGGCCGACGGAUUGCGUCGGUGACGACGAGCGACAGCGCGGCGUUCGCCUUCAGCGAACUGGGAGAGGGGUUUGCCUGGGGCGGCAAGGAUCACUGGUGGUUCGAGAUAGGGCCGGACUCGCACUGGCAGGAGCACUGGAGGGGCGACACCACAGAGAGGAGCCGGCUGCUGCUACAGACGAUGCAGAAGCAGGAGCCGGACGAGAUAUUCCCAGAAGAGAAGGAAAACGUCGAGGAGAACGAGGCAAGGAUAACCACAUUACUGUUGGUUGUGUAUGACACUUAUUAG